UUAAAAAACGUACUUCAUCUGGUACAAAGAAAGGAAAAUCAGCAGCUAGUAAGGCUUCCGAUGGUAGACUUGAUGAAUCUAAUGUUAACAAUGUCAAGAACAAAGUUGGAAGACCGAAGAAACCAGAGGGUCCUAAAAAGGUAAUUUGUUUCUCACUUUAAAAAUUUUCGAGAUUUGCAAGUGAGGUACACAAUUUCACAUAUACUAACUAGUGGCUCAAUGUUUUAGAAAACACUUGAUACCCGCUGCUCUCCAACUGCCAUUGCGGAUAUGAUGGAGCAUUUAAAAGAUAAAUAUCCGAUCAAAUACCAAGAAGUUGAGAAAAUGGGUUUUGGAUGCCUGAGGCACAUCCCUAAGUGGUCGAUGAACCAAGAUUUGAUUGUCGCCCUGGCACGGUCAUAUAACAAGGAUCGAAUGCAUUUGGAAGUUGAGACCGGAGACAUACCGGUGAAUGCACGAGUGAUAGGUCAAGCAUUGGGACUCCCUGCAAAUGGUGAUAGCUUUCCGAAAUUAGAUCCGAAGAAGCAUCGUAACCUCAUAGAUACCUUUGAAGGCAGAACCCAAAAAGAGGUUAAGACCCAUGUUAUCAGAUGCUCGGUUACAACAGAAGUAGAAAAGGAGGAGUUUCGGCGCUACUUCAUAAUAUUUGUCAUGAAGGCCUUUCUCUUUGCUUCCAGUAAUAAGUAUAUUACCAAUUCAUUCAUCCCGGGCGUGAUAGAUGUGCGUAAUCCAAUGAGAUUUUUUUGGGGUAGACACAUCUAUGACUGUGUUAAGGAGGGCUUAAGGAAAUAUAAGGAAGAUGGCAUAAGGACUAUUGAUGGAUGCAUGUUUGCUCUCUUGAUACUUUACUUGCAUACGAACAAACACGGAGAUCUUAGGGGAUAUUCUGGUGGCGGUGAACCAUGGACUAAGGAAUGGACUGUUGCUGAGCUUAGAGAAGCAGUAAAGGAAGAACAAGUUCGGGAAUCGGUAUAGAUACAUAUGUACAUGUAUUUAAUUUUUUUACUAUGAACCUAGGCUUGAGAAUUAAUUAAUAUAUGUAAUAGGGUCUAAUUCGGAAGAUUGAUGAAUUACGAAAAUCCGAGAGGGAAAAGGGCAACGUCGAUGAACCACAAAGGAGAACACAUGAUAAGCGAUGGGGUGCACAAGUUAGACCUCGAACUAAGGAGCGAACAAGAAAAAGGCCGAAAAAAAUUGUUGCCGAGUCAGAUGAGGAAGAAUUUCUCACCGAGGCUGACGUUAGUGAUAAAGAAUUAUGUCAUGAAGAGAACCCAGGCUCAACAUCCUCAGAUAAAAUUAAUGUUCCCUUAUCUCGAGAUCGAGUGUUGAGUGGCACCAAAAACCGGCAGGAAAGGCAAGUUUAAAU